CAUUAUAGUUUGGUCGUUUGUUGUUGUUGUUAUUGGUGUUUUUAAAAGACAUUGUUAAGAGAAAACACAUGAUAUAAAGCAGCAUACUUAAAAAUUAUAAUUAUCUGUUUAACCAACUUUUAAUUAUGGCCGGUAACACUUACAUGAAUAAUUGCCGAGCAUGCCUAACUCCGAAAUCAUCUUUUACGUAUUUCUUAUUUGAGAACGUAUGUCCAGAGUCUUAUUACUUUUGUACCUCUGUUCAGGUAUCCAAAAAUGAAGAAUUACCAAGAGGUGUAUGCAAUUCUUGUUAUGAGCUUCUGAAGAAUUACUCCGACUUUAAACGCACCUGCCUACAGUCGCAGGCUAUGUUACUAGACAUUCUAACUAAUACAUCAUUGAAAUAUGAAGUAGAUAUUCCAGUACCACACAGAACAGAAAACUAUAAAUUAAAUGAGACACUGGGAGAUAAAAUCAAGGUUGAAGUAAUUGAUGGUGCAAUUAAAAGUGAAAAUGGUGAUGAUCAUGAAUACAUGACUCAAAAUGAUGAUGAAGUUUGUAAUGAUGACCCAGUAAUUAACGAAGUCAAAACUCGUAAAAGAAAUAAAGUAAAGAAAGCUGUGAAAUUAAAUACACAGAGAAAUAUAAAGAAACAGAGGAAGAAAUUAAUUUACACAUGUGAUAUUUGCCAAAAGAAAUUUAAUUAUAAGCAGAGGUUUGAUGCACAUAAACUUGAACAUGAAGGGAAAAUUGUAACCAUCUACUGUGCACCGUGCCAGAAAUCAUUUAUCACAUGGAGUGGGCUAAAACGUCACCAAAUCAGUACACACACGCAAGUAAAUCUGGAAAGUCUGCGGUGUAAGACUUGUGGCAAAAUUUUCAAGAGUCAGGACACAUUACGGUCACAUAAAAAGUUACAUGGUGAUAGAAACUUGAUCAUGUGUGAUGUUUGCGGAAAAGGAUUCACUACUACUACUGUGUUAAAGAUCCAUAAAGAAUCACACACAGAGAACAGGGAACGUCGUUUCACGUGUGAACAUUGUGGCAAGAAGUUCUUCACAAAAACAGUAUUAUUGUCACACGUAGCAAGAAGACAUUUGGGUCGCACUUUCAUAUGCCAAAUAUGUUCAUACCCAUUCAACGACAAGUACAAUUUAACCAAACACUUACUAAUACACGAAGGGAAGAAGCUGUUCAAAUGUGACAUCUGUAUGAAGUCCUUUAGAGCACAUUCGACCCUGGUAGAACAUAAGCGGUUGCAUACCGGAGAAAGACCGUAUGUGUGUAGCCAUUGUCACAAAACAUUUGUUUCUAAGAAGAGAUUGACUGAUCAUUUAAGAAUUCAUACUGGUGAUAAACCGCACAAGUGUACGUUAUGUGAACAGAGGUUUACGCAACGAGGAACCCUGAAGAGGCAUAUGAAAGUUCACGAUAGGCCUGCACCUACAAUAAGCUAGAUAUAUAUUAUGGAACUAGUAGCCUUAUGAAAUUAACUAUUAAUAAUUUUUUAUCACUAUAAAAGGCAUAAUUUUUUUUUUCAUAUAAAUUACUACUAAUGUGAGCAUAGCAGGGGUCUGUUCAAGGAUGUAGAAAAACGCGGACAUCUGUUGUAUCGCGUAUCGUAUCGUAUCUUGAAACGACUGUGGCAUCUGGCUACUAUAGUCUUACACGCAGAAUACACCCACAUUGACACGAAGGACAUCUGUCGCGUGACAUGCCCCGUCAUUACACUUUAUACAUUACGGCGUUGCACGCGCACACAUAAAUACACUCGGAACAAUAACUAAAGCAUGGAAGCCAGGCUAAAAUAGCAAUUUACAAACGUAUAUCUGAUUAUAUCGCUCUUUACACGAUUUUGCGUAGGCGAGAAUGAGACCGCAAACUGAACAUAGUUCUGAUAAUUUACAGGUUGUCACAACUUUCAGUGGACUCAUUCCAAUCUUAUGUCAUUGGACUCAUUCAGCAUACUACCAAAUUCAAAAUCACGUUUUGACGUUCUAUGUUUCACUCAAGUUUGACACCUUCCUCACUUUGCCGGAUUAUAGUACUGAAGUGUCACCGUGGAUGUAUUUACGGCUCCUAAUACUAAAAAAAUAUUUUCGAAGGAAUUUGCGCAAAAGCAAGUAAGAAAGGAAGUAUAUGGUCAUUCUUU